AAUUAUUAUUAUUAUUAUUAUUAUUAUUACAUUGUAGUUGGCAGGCCUGGCGAGGUGGUCGGCGUUGUUUACGUUGUGGUUGGUAGGCUUGUGAGGAGGUCAUUCAAAAGCUGGUUAGAGGUCGGAGAUAAAACUGCAUCUACUAUCAAGAAGAAGAAAAGGUCGGAGGUCGCACUUUAUUGUGUUGGUAGUGUGUAUAACAAGCGCACAUCAUGGUGGAGACGCUCGAGGGAUGUGUGUUGGAGGACUGGGCAAUGGCUCGAACUCCUUUAGGAGUUCCAUACUAUAUCAAUCACAGCCGUGGAAUUACACAGUGGGACCACCCAGAGUACGUUCGCAUAUUAGAGGAAAUGCAGUUGGUCAACUCUGUGAAAUACGCAGCAUACCGCACUGCAAGUAAAUUGCGUCGUCUUCAGACUCGGCUUAAGUUUCAUGAAGUAUCCCUGCAGUGUGUAGCUUCAGCUUUUGACAGUGCUGGUUUGCGAGUUGCAGAAAACAAUGAUCUAGUAGAGCUGAAGCAGUUGGAACAAGUCAUUUACAAGUGUCUGCGUACUACCUACAGAAACCGACAAAUGCACAUUACCCUUGCCACACACCUCAUCGUUAACCUUUUGCUCAAUAUAUAUGAUUUGGGACGCAGUGGCAUGGUUCAAGUGCUCGGGUGCAAGGUGCUGCUGGUGGUUUUGUGUGGAGGGCGGCUUCAGGAAAAGUAUCGCUAUCUCUUCACUCAAAUAGCAGACCAUAACAACUGCUGCACUAGACGGAGAUUAGCAGCAGUUCUUCGUGACUUGGCUCGUAUUCCAGAGCUGCUCUCGGAGCAGCCAUCAUUUGGCCUAUCUCUGGUGGCAGCUGCCGUUGAAAGUUGUUUUCAAGAGGUAGAAAGUGAAGUUGGAGUGACCGAGGAGGUGUUGCUGGCUUGGCUGCUCAAGGAACCUCAGACUUUGGUGUGGUGGACAACCUUGUACAGAAUUACUGCUGCUGAACUAGUGUGUCAUGACGUUAAGUGUGGAGUGUGCAAGCAGCGACCAGUCAUUGGGCUUAGAUACCAGUGUUUGCGGUGUUUGGGAUACAAUCUCUGCCAAGACUGUUUUCUUCAUGCUCGAACUUCUCGUAGUCACAAGUUAUCACACCCCAUUCAAGAAUAUUGUCAUGAGACAAAUAGUAAAGAGUGGCGUAGAGCUCUGAUGAAGAUCCUGAAGCACCGCCUGAGAGGUCAUACAAGGUACAACAAGCAGCGAUACUUAGCAAUAGCCUCCAGUCCUGAUGCUGGGUGUAAUAUGACUAGUGUAUUGUGUGAAGGCGAAACAAGAGAGUCAUCGAGUGAGAGCAGUGAGGAAGAAGAGGAGGAACUUUUCUCGCGUACCAUUCUCCAUGCCUCCCAUGACAAUGAUUCUUUAAGUUCUGAGGAAGGACGUAUUAAUGAUGUGGAACAGCAGAGUUGUGGCUUUAGAAAUACAGCAGAGCCAACUAUAUUACCCACAUCUCCCCGAAAUCAGAUACAUUCUAUCAUUAUGCAUCUUGAAGAGGGACACAGACAACUAGAGGAAGGUGGCUCAAAGGAUAUGGAUGCUGGCAUUGUGGAACAACACACUCAGAAGCUUCAGACGCAGAUAAACAGAUUAAAAGCUAUUCUGCAGACUUUUAAUUCAGGGUCAGCAGGUGCUGGCAAAAGUGGGGUUAAAGAUGGCACUACCUGUACUAAGCAUAAUAAAGGAAGAGGACUUCAACUUCUGGAAAGCACCCCAAUAGUUGAUCGUGGGUUGUUACUCAAUCUCUCCCCUAUAGUUACUCGGCCCUCAGCUGAUGAUACGGCAGUGCUAGACAAUAAAGAAAACCACUUGGUAGAGAACCCAAGAGAAACUCCAGUGAGAACCAGUUUAGAUGCUCAUCACAAGAGAAGACCCUUCACACCUUCUCAAAACAAUUUCCCAUCCUCCCCCAUGCCUGAUAGUCAUACAGAUGCUGCUCAAGAUAUUGGUGGCUUAAAAGUUGUUCCACAACCAUCGAGACUACCCAGCUUCACAGAGGUCAAUUUCAGUGAUCUGUCAUCUUUGACCUCUGCUACAGCUUCAUCAGAAACUUCUCCAAUAAUGUUGUCACCGGAUAGAAAUGGAGCAAAUGGGGAUACUGUUGAUGGCACAAUGGAUGUCAGGGAGGAAUUGGAGAAUAUCAUGCGGCAGUUAGACCAGAUAUUUCCAUUUACAGAAUCAGAUGAUUUCAAGGUGGUGCUGCCAAAUAGCGUUGGUGUUGUCGAAGCUGCAUGUGAGCUUGGAGAUAUUUUAGCAGAAUAUGUUAAUGUUGUUCCCAACCAACAAGACAAAUUGUAGUGUAAUUUACUGACAAUAAUCAGUGUGCUUUUUGCCUGCCGUCCUACGUAGAUUUGGUAGUUGUGUGAAGUGCUGACCAUUUAUAAUGUUUUACAGUAAUUAUUUUUGUCAGAGGGACAGGCAGCUAGUGUAUAUAUAUACACAUUAGGCUUAUGUUGAGGUCCUCCCCAAUUUCAUUCUACUGACCCUCCCAAGGGUGCAGCCCCACAACAAGCUAACUCCUGGGUGCCUAUUUACUGCUUAUCCAGAAUUUGAACCCACUGUACUACUUGGGAUUAAGGUUUUAAACAUGAAAAUACAGUAUGUUGUAUUAAUUUUUAAUGAUUUCUGGGUCCUGUAGCACAGUAGUCAACUCAGUCCAUUCACAACCGAAAGAUACCUGGUUCAAUUCCUUUAGCAUGACUGAGAGAGAUGUUUGGCUCGUUUCUGUUCACCUGCCAAUAAAUUAGGCACUCGGAAAUUAGACAACUGUUGUGAGCUGCAUCCUGAGGAAGGUCGGAAGUUGGCCUGGGGGGGUGGGGGAUCUUAUUUGGCCUAACUUGCUUCCUGUCAUUGACAGUGCAAAACCAAAACAAACAGUGUUUGAAAAUAUUCCUGUUUUGUUUUUUUAAAUGCUGAUUAUAGUGUGUUUCAAGCUUGAAUCAUAGUUGAUGUAUGGAAUUGGCAGUGUUAUGUCAGUCUGUGGCACUUUCAUUCACAGACCAAAGAUAUGAUGAUUUUUUUUUUUAACAAAGCCGUGAUUAUAUAUUCUUGUGCUAAGCAUUGAAGUUGUUUGAUUACAUGUUAUAUUUUACAAAUUGUUAGUUUUCAGCAUUUUGAAUCCAUGGCAUUCUUGUAUACAGUAUAUCCAUAUGUUUGUGUGGUUAAUCAUGGUUAAUUAGCAGUUUUCAUUCUUUACACACCUGCUUUUCAAUGCGAGCAGUGGGUAGCUAUUUAAUUUGUGACAGCCAUGCUAAUGGGUGAAAUUAUUUGAUUGAAGUUUCAGAAACGUGCAAAGUUUGAAUACUUGACAUGAGAGUUUUCAGAGGGAAGACAAAAUAAAUAAAUAUUGUUAUUUAUAAACAUUUUAAAUAGUUGCCCAUUCUUGCACAGUUUGGUGUGGUGUGAAUGCAAAACUUCUGCAUACAGUGGAACCUUGGUAUUUGGAUUUAAUUGGUUCCUGAAGGCGGGAUGAGUGCCGAAAAGUGCGACUACUGAAGAAAAAAAUUCCCAUAAGGAAUAAUGUAAAUUGGAUUAUUCCGUUCAAGACCACAAAAAUAAAUAUAUUUGUACAACACUACAAACUUUACCUGCACUUAGGAGAGUUGAUGGCAUAUGUGGAUGGUGUUGAGGUAGGAGAAGAGAGAGAUGUUAUUCUCUGGCAGGGGAGUCUGCUACCAUUAUCACAGCUUUGUCAGAGUGAUAUUUAUCUGGAAUAUUUUGCACACAUUUCUUUUAUUAGAGAACUAGAUUUAGGCAUACCAAACUCGGUAUGGCAUGCAGACACACGGGCACCAUAUUCAGAUUUAGCUAUGAGUUCUUUCUUCAUCUCUAAUCAUUUUUCUUUUUGCUUGACACUUAUCACAAACUUUCUUAGGUGACAUGGUGACUUAUUUACACUUGGAAUAUAAAAAUAUCCAAAAUAGCCCCCCAAAAAAGUGUAAUGGGUUGUGCACUGAACAACAGCUAUGGUGAAACUGACGCGUGUUUACGUCUAAAUGCCCAGCAAACGGACGAAUGCCGAACAUGAACACAGCAUCUGAAUGCCAAAAAGUGCGAAUACCGAGGUUCCUCUGUAUUAGAAUCCAUCAGUAAAUGUUAUUGUUGGAUUGUUCCUGUAUAUUUAAACCCACCAGCAACUUUAUAGUGUUCAGCUACUCUAUUUUAAAAUUCACAAGUAAACAAUGAUUCCCAUUUUCCCAUUUUUAAUUUUAAAUAAAAUGGGUGCUUCUGAUCCUAUAUGAAAUUAAAUCCAUUGACCCUUUCUUAAGUUUGGUAAAAAGAUGGAAUAAUUAAGGAAUAUUGAGGCUUUGUUUUUGUAAUGAAAUUAUUUGCUUAUAAUGUUUUAUUUGUUAAUGAAAAAUACAGUACUUUUGUUUAAUUUUCUACUGCCAUUCUCUUUGAUGCCAAGUUGCAAUACUGAAUAAAUUUAAUACUGAUUUGAUUCACCAUUUUUUAAAUUGCCUCCAACCUUUAACCUUAUCAUUGUAAUUCUUCUUUGCUAACCCUUUAUUGUAUUUACAAAUCUUGUACACUCGAUGUAUUAAUCUGUUACUGUAUACUUUUGUCAAAGCAUCUUUCUCAGGACUUAAACAGUUUUUAAUACCUUAAUGUCUUUUUAUAAUUGUUUUAUAUUUAUUGGAGACAAUAUUAUGCCGUUUAAUUUAUGUGAAUUUAAAUUGUACUGUACAUACCUCGGAUGUUAUGGCAUGUCCUUACACAUGCUGAUAAACUUAUUUCUUCAUUCGUUGAAGAAAUGAAUGAAGAAAUAUUUCUUCAUUGAAAAUAAUUGUUUUCCCAAUUAGUAAGACUUCCAGAGCUUGAAUGCAAUUAAAGUGAUUUACAAACCCAUUUAGGGUUUCCUCUUGCAUUUAUAUUUUACAAUUAAAAAAUUGAUGGAAGGUGGAUAAGAUUAAAAUGUGAGUAUAAUCUUCAUGGGAUUUAAAACAACAGAUAUUUCCAUGGCAGAAACAAGAUUAGUAAUAUCCUUGAGAGCAGCAAUAUCAAUGGAUUUGGAUGGUAUGAUGAACUAUAUGGUUUAGAAUGUAAAUAAAUUAAUAGUUGCAGAUACAGAGGCUCUGUGUGGGGAACAUGUUAAGGUGGAUGAGUGCAGGGUAGCUGUUACACCCUAGCAAUAACCCUGUUCAUUAUUUGCAAGAAAAAAUCAUAGUACAGUUGGAGAGUUUAAAGGCUAGGUUUUUGAACAUACAAAAUAUAACAUUUAAUUGCUUGUAGAGGAAAUUGGUAAUUUAUGGCAGAAAUGAUCAGGAAGGUGUGGAAAAAUGGUGAAAGCUGAUAGUAUAGCAAAGGAUGUAGUGCAUGGUUCAACAAAUAUUAAUAGAAGUUCGGUGUUUGAAAUGAAUGUGAGAGCUAUGUUGGUUAAGGAAUGCCAUCGUGGCUAUUGACCAUGGUUAAUUUCCUAUUAGCUUAGAAAAGUCAUAUUUUGGGUAAAGUAUAUAAGAGUUAUAUUGUGAAUAUGAAUGCUGCAGUUAAGUGAUGCUAUGAAAAGGGGCAUUUUCAUUUAAAUUAUAAUUGGAAUGGUAAAGAAUGGGAUAUAGUUGUGUAAGUUAAAUAAUUGGCUUAGCAUUAGUAUAUAAAAUGCUGAAUAAAUUGUUUGAUAUAGUACAGUUAUGAUGUUAUGUUAUUUAUACAAAUUUUUAUAGCAAUGACAGAUAUUUUACAAAAAAAAAGAUUACAGAAAUAUUAAAUUUUAUAUUAUACUGUACAGUAGUAUAAUGUUAAGUUCUUAAUUUUUUCUUUUAAUUAUGUAAUUUUGAAUACUUGUAUGUAUUUACUGUAAUUAUUUUGCAUUUGAAAUUUACCUUACUUUAAAAAAGGUGCUGUUUCCCAAUCCACAACAAAAUUAUUUUAAUUAGCACGAUGUGGUGUGCACUCAAAGUUGUGUUCUCUCUAAUGCCAGAGCGAGUACCCAACUUCAUAGAUAUGAAAUUGUUCAUGAGCUGCUGGCUUACUUUUUAAUACUAAUAAAAGAUAAAAUAUG